AUGGCGAUUGACUCCGGCGGCGGCAGCGGCGGUGGAGCGAAGAAGCAAAAGGUGGAUGAGCAUGACCGAUGUGAGGCGGCGGGAUCGGAUGCGAUCCGCGCAGACCGCAUCUCGGCGCUCCCCGACGAGCUGCGGCUGCACAUCCUGACGCACCUCCCCCUGAAGGACGCCAUCCACACGGGGGCGCUCGCUCGCGGGUGGCGCGACCUGUGGAAGCGCCGGUGGGCGCACCGCGCCUCCGUCGAGGUGCACCUCCGCUCCCGCGACAACCUGCGGAGGGAGCUGGAGGCCCUGGCGCGCGAGCCGCGCCCGCGCCGCCGCCUCGAGCGCUUCUCCCUGAUCGUCGACAUCUGGAACCUCAAGUCCUCGGAACUCCGGCGUUUUCUCGAUUACGCCGCCGAGUGCGGCGUCGAGGACCUCGACGUGGAGACGCGCAAGAUCACGGCCGCGGACAAGCUCAAUUUCCACCUGCCGGCGGUCUCAAGCCCGUCCCUGGCGUGCCUCUCGCUCCGCCGCAUCAGCGUCUCCAGCAUGUACUACAAGGGCGCCCGGGCAUUCCAGGCUCUCGAGGUCAUCCGGCUCGUAUCGGUCUCCUUUCGCUGGAAGGCUUUCACAAAAAUGAUGGCGUUGUGCCCCAGCCUCCUCAUUCUCGAUCUGCGCAGCUGCCGCUGUUACGGUGACCGCUGGGUAUUCUACGAGCUGCCACCAAAACUGAGGAAUCUUACCGUCGCGGACUGUAGUAAGAUCACCAGUCCGGACUUCGUGCGUGUGCCUAGCCUGCGCUCCUUUUGCUACAGCGGCCACUUCUCCAACAUGCCUUUAUCCAUUGUACGCCAUGCCGUGCUUUCUGAUCUUUAUAUUCACUUACAUGACUCACUACCGAUGAAAGAGUGGAAUAUCUUUAAGUUGAGGGAAUCUCUCCCGAAGGAUUUAUCCAUCCUCAACGUUCUCACCAUCUCUUACACAGCCCUCACGGCUGCAUCUGUCUUGUCAGCCGAUGGAGCCAGUGCCCAGUUGCCCAAUUUCAACUUACACAGUUUGAAAGAGCUACACCUACUCAUGUUUGAAAUGAAAGCUGCCGACCUAUCCAACUUGUAUCUGUUCCUCAAGACCUUCCAAUGUCCUAAUCUGGAGAGGCUCUUUGUGCAGCUCCCAGCAUAUAGAUUAAAGCCCACGGGAGGUUCUAUUGAUCAGGUGCGGGAAGAGCCACCGGAAGAUGGCUUAGACAACCUUGUCAUGAUAAAGGUCAUGAACUUCAACUGGUGCCCCACCGAGGUGCAGCUAGUGAGUUUUCUAUUGAGGAAAGCUAGCUCUAUGCAGAAACUGUUAAUAGUUUCUCGCAAUGUCACUCCAGUGGAUUCGCCCGGUGCACCAGAAGCAGACCUUUCACUUCUCAAAGAAGCUUUGGUCAAUGGCACGAUAAUGUUUACCGAGUCAGAUAAUACAGCAACUCAACCAUAUCAUAAGGCCUAUAUCAAUCUAUAG